CCCCACCCACGGAACGGGGCUAGGGUUUUUUCUAAGAAACCCCUCGCAGUGCUCUUUUUCCUCUCGCAGCUCGCGCUCCAGCUGCCGUCUUCGCCCCUCUGCAUCUGUCCAUCUAUCUCGCUCUCUCGCACGAGAACAGGUAGCUAAUUUGAAAUAGAAUGGCUCCUCCUGCGAAAGCUCCUGCUAAGAAACCUGAUGCCAAGGCUCAGGCAUUAAAGACAGCCAAGGCGGUGAAGUCUGGGUCGUUCACUCUAAAGAAAAAGACAAAGAAAAUCCGAACAUCUGUCACUUUCCAUCGACCAAAGACACUGAAGAAAGAGCGUAAUCCAAAAUACCCUCGUAUUAGUGCAGCAUCAAGAAAUAAACUUGAUGAAUACGAGCUCCUUAAGUACCCACUCACCACUGAAUCUGCGAUGAAGAAAAUUGAAGACAACAACACCCUGGUCUUCAUCGUGGACAUAAGAGCCGACAAGAAGAAGAUUAAGGCAGCAGUGAAGAAGAUGUAUGAAAUCCAAGCCAAGAAGGUCAACACGUUGGUCAGACCUGAUGGAACAAAGAAGGCAUAUGUAAGGCUUACAGCAGAUUAUGAUGCUUUGGAUGUUGCAAACAAGAUUGGCAUAAUCUAAAUUGGAGCAAUUUCUCCCUGUGCGUUGUUCCAUUUUGAAAUUUUUUUUCUUGCUAUUAUGUAGUAGAGUCUAUCGGAAAAAGUGCGCGAUUUUUGUUAUGUGGAGUCUGGGUUAACGCUGGUGCUUAUGCUUUGUCAUUGUACCUUUCGCUUUUUUUAUCCUCUUUAUUAGGACAAUGUUUGAAGCUUAUAUUCAGGUAGCUUUAUUCACUCCCAAUAGUUUAUGGUUCUUAGAUGCAAGGAAUUUUCUUGCAACUUCACUUAUUCUAAAUUUUAAGCAGAUUUUACACAGUA